AGUCGUUUAUUUAUUGUUUUUAGUACCCACUAAGGCUAUAAAUAUAUAUAUAUAUUUUCCCCCUUUUUAACAUUUUAAAAAAACAUCAGAUCUUUUAAGUUCUACCAUCUCAGCUCAGUGAAGAACAGAAAGAAGUAGCAUUCUCUAGUUGCAGUGAGAUUCUCACCUCCAACUUAGCAAUUUUUUUGGUAAAUAUUGUAUUGGAUUAAGCCAAUAUUCAUAUGAAAACAACAUCURUUUAUUAUUAUUUUAGUAUUUAAAAACUUUUUGUUGAUUACUUUUUAGAAAUCCUUAUUUGUUUUCCGCAUACACAUUCAUACCACAUAUCAGUUUUAGUCCCCCUGUCCUGUCUUAUACUCUGACCUUUUAUCGGAGGUCAGCCCCUCCCCUUUCAGGAAGAAAGGCUGGAGUUUUUUAAUUCUCACAACAGAUCCAACUUUGGCCUUGUAUUUUUAUAUAUUCACCCUAAAGGGGAAAUGCUGGCUCGGUCUUGGGAGAAAUCAUGAACUGAUGAGAAGUUAGUUUAUCUUUGAAGUGCAAAAGAUAAGAUGGUUUAUAACCUAACUGUUGUACUCCUGUUAGUGUAAAAAGAACCCAAAGACAAUUGUUUCAUCUUGGUUUGCUGUCAGGCUCCAAGUGUGGCUUUUCCCCCCUCAGGAAUUCCCACUUCAGUUUGUCUCAAAAAUUGUUUAUUUCAGGGGGSUACCUUGGUGGGGGUCAGAUCUGGAGGCAUGGAGUUAUCCUGCUGGUUACAGGCCAUCUUAUUUCAUGCUAGAGGGGGGUAACGGAGUGGGGAGGAGCAUCAGGGAGUCAMAAGCUCCUCAGCUCUGUCGCUCCGCCCCCCGCGCGCGUGCUAAGGAUUGGUGGAAUGUGCACGCUCAGAGCUGUCUUCCUGACCGCUUCAGUCAAUGCGUGCUCCAGCAUACUCCUAAUUUGUUGUUAGACCUGCAUGUUUGCACUACUUGUUUAUUUUUAGCAUAUAAGUUUUCUGUUCCCGGUAAAUAAUUCUCUAAGGUGGUUAAUUUUCUUGAUAACCACUGUUCUCAGAUUGCAUGGGUUGAAGAGUAACCGCUCUCCAGCACCUUUUGAAUGACUGAACUGGUGUCAAGCAGACAGCUCACUAUCUGUACUCCACCGCCUGCGUCAGAUGCUGGGUUAGAAAGACAGAAACAUGCGCAGCUACAGCAAUGACCUCUUUAUUUCAGAACUGUGGAGGCUUCUAGAUACAAGUCAUUAAUCCACAGACUUCUUUUCUCUACCCAUUGGCCAGGAUUCAACAAAGCAGGCCAGGAAAACAAAGCUUAAAAAAACAUUUCAUGAAAAUGCUAGAUGAAUAAAAUACAAGCAAUGAUUAAUAUUUCUUCCCUUUUUCCUUCAAAUAUGUAACUAUUAUUCCCAAAGAAAUGGGAUCAGUUCAUUUGGGCAAGAUCAAGCCAGUAACUGUCCUCCUGUAAGUUGAUUUCAAAUCUGAAUUGAAGGACAACUGGAAGUCUGACAUUAGGGCUCUGAUUAUCUGUUCACAACAAAGCCUUUCUUCCCUCCCAGAUACCCUGUAGGCAUUGCUUUUUGUUUUCUUUGAAAUUAAACAUUCAUUGCAUGACUCAAAGUGAAGAAUAGUCAUAAAGAUUGAAUGUUUGUUGUGAUUUUUGUGUUUUGUUUCCAUAAUUAAAAAAGUAUGUAUUGUUUGACAACUUAUACUAACGAUCUUGUUUUCUGAUUUUGUCUCUUUUGGUUUUUCCACAACUGAUACUGUUAUUUAGAAGGUUUCAGGUGGGUGACACUAUUCCUGCGUAGGUGCCUGGCGGAAAGGAACUCUAGGGCAGCCUCAGUCCUCUCCUCUUCUUCCAGCCAGCUGCGAUCGCCACUCUGACAAAGUCCAAAAAUAUGGCUUGUUACCUGAAAGCCAUUGAGACCCAGCCAAACUUUGCCGUGGCCUGGAGCAACUUGGGUUGUGUGUUUAAUGCCCAAGGAGAAAUAUGGCUUGCCAUACACCAUUUUGAAAAGGCUGUGACUCUGGACCCAAAUUUUCUUGAUGCGUACAUCAACUUAGGCAACGUUCUCAAAGAAGCCCGCAUCUUUGACAGAGCUGUGGCUGCUUACCUGAGAGCUCUGAGCCUUAGCCCCAACCAUGCAGUCGUCCAUGGAAACCUGGCCUGUGUCUACUACGAGCAGAGCCUCAUCGACCUCGCCAUCGACACCUACCGUCGUGCUAUUGAACUGCAGCCUCACUUUCCUGAYGCCUAUUGCAACUUAGCCAAUGCCCUGAAGGAGAAAGGCAAUGUGUCUGAAGCAGAAGAGUGCUACAACACGGCUUUGCGUUUGUGUCCAACUCACGCUGACUCCCUCAACAACUUGGCCAACAUAAAACGUGAACAGGGCAACAUAGAGGAGGCAGUUCAGCUCUACAGAAAAGCACUAGAGGUGUUCCCAGAGUUUGCAGCAGCUCACUCUAACCUAGCCAGUGUUCUGCAGCAGCAAGGAAAACUGCAGGAGGCCCUCAUGCACUACAAGGAGGCGAUCAGAAUCAGCCCCACGUUUGCUGAUGCCUACUCCAACAUGGGCAACACACUGAAGGAGAUGCAGGACGUACARGGGGCACUGCAGUGCUACACUCGUGCCAUCCAGAUCAACCCAGCCUUCGCUGAUGCUCACAGCAAUCUGGCUUCCAUCCAUAAGGAUUCUGGAAACAUUCCAGAGGCCAUUGCAUCUUAUCGCACUGCUUUGAAACUCAAGCCAGACUUCCCUGAUGCUUACUGCAACUUGGCCCAUUGUCUUCAGAUCGUGUGUGACUGGUCAGACUAYGACGAACGAAUGAAAAAGCUUGUGAGCAUAGUGGCUGACCAGCUGGAAAAGAACCGCUUGCCCUCAGUGCACCCACACCACAGCAUGCUGUAUCCACUGUCUCACAACUUCCGCAAGGCCAUCGCCGAGCGCCACGGAAACCUUUGCCUGGACAAGGUACACGCAAUGAUCAAAAUUAAUGCCCUGCACAAACCUGCCUAUGAGCAUCCUAAGGACCUGAAGGCCAGUGGUGGACGCCUGCGCGUCGGCUACGUCAGCUCUGACUUCGGCAACCACCCGACUUCCCACCUGAUGCAGUCUAUCCCUGGAAUGCAUAAUCCAGAGAAAUUUGAGGUGUUCUGUUACGCACUGAGCCCUGAUGAUGGAACUAACUUCCGUGUGAAAGUUGUAGCAGAGGCUCAUCAUUUCACAGACCUCUCACAGAUUCCUUGCAAUGGAAAAGCAGCUGACCGUAUUCACCAGGAUGGAAUCCACAUUCUUGUCAACAUGAACGGAUACACCAAGGGGGCACGAAAUGAGCUGUUCGCUCUUCGUCCCGCCCCCGUUCAGGCUAUGUGGCUCGGUUACCCUGGAACCAGUGGGGCACCUUUCAUGGACUACAUAAUCACUGACAAGGAAACAUCACCUGUGGAAGUAGCUGAGCAGUACUCUGAGAAACUCGCCUACAUGCCCAAUACGUUCUUCAUCGGCGAUCAUGCCAACAUGUUCCCUCACCUCAAGAAAAAGGCAGUGAUUGAUUUCAAGUCAAAUGGACACAUCUUUGACAAUCGCAUAGUUCUUAAUGGUAUUGAUCUGAAAGCCUUCUUGGACAGUCUGCCUGAUGUCAAAGUGAUAAAGAUGAAGUGUGACAACAACCAGGAAGCUGCUGGAGACACAAAUGGAGCUCUGUCCAUGCCUGUGAUUCCCAUGAACACAGCAGCUGAGGCGAUCAUCAACAUGAUCAAUCAAGGUCAAAUCCAAGUCACAAUCAAUAACUUCACUGUCAGCAAUGGCCUGGCCACCACACAGAUCAAUAACAAAGCUGCAACUGGGGAGGAGGUGCUGCGCACCAUUGUAGUUACAACUCGCUCCCAGUACGGUCUCCCAGAGGAUUCCAUCGUCUACUGCAACUUCAACCAGCUCUACAAGAUCGACCCUCCUACUCUCCAGACGUGGGCCAACAUCCUGAAACGAGUGCCCAACAGCGUGCUGUGGCUUCUUCGCUUCCCUGCUGUUGGCGAGCCCAACAUCCAGCAGUAUGCUCAGAACAUGGGUCUGCCCGCCUCGCGCAUCAUUUUCUCUCCUGUGGCGCCCAAGGAGGAGCACGUGAGACGAGGCCAGCUGGCUGACGUGUGCCUCGACACCCCUCUGUGCAACGGUCACACUACAGGCAUGGAUGUGCUCUGGGCUGGAACUCCCAUGGUGACUAUGCCAGACCCUUUUGUAGGUGAGACCCUUGCCUCCCGCGUGGCUGCCUCCCAACUUAGCUGUCUCGGCUGCCCUGAGCUGAUAGCCCAAAGUCGCCAGGACUACGAGGACAUAGCAGUCAAACUGGGCUCUGACAUGGAAUACCUGAAGAUGAUCAGAGCACGUGUAUGGAAACAGCGAAUCUGCAGCCCCUUGUUCAACACCAAGCAGUACACAAUGGACCUGGAGAAGCUCUAUCUGCAGAUGUGGGAGCAUCACAGCARCGGCAACAAGCCAGAACACAUGGUCAAACUCCAAACAGUCGAAACCAGCGAGAAUGCCUGAACUGAAAACACGCUUCUCCUCCACGAAAUCCCACCAGUUUUUAACCAUCAUCUGGUUUCACUGGAGGUCCCUGUCCUUCAUCAACUCGUACUUGCUUUCAAUGGGACUCCUCCUUGCAUGGAGCCUACACAUGUUCACAUUCAGACUUCUGUCACAGAUGUCAGCAAGUCACACAUCUACAUCUGCUGAGCCAGACUGAGCCUGAAACAUUCAGGCACCUGAUCUGAGACUCUUGUCCUGCAACACUUAAUAUGUAUUUUGUGCGCAUGAGAAGAUUAUGAAUGCUCUGCCAUCUCUUCCACACUUGGAACUAUGGAWCUUUUUUUGUUUUUUCUCCUGUCAAUGUGUAUGUAGGACUAAUUGCAGCUUGUGGAGAAAAUACCCAGCCGUCAUUACUUGGUGAUCUGUUUAGAAAAAUCAAGAAUGUUUUAUUUAAAAAAAUAAAAAGACUAUGUUGCGCCAUUAAAAUUACAAGUUUUGUCAGCUUUAACAAGCAGUUUUGAAACUUGAAUUGCUCAAGUUCUUUACAUGAAGCUGGUAAACAGCUGCAAUGAGUAAAUGUGCAAAUUCUUCCCUCACCAAAUGCCAACUUUUAUUACUUUUGUCAAUUGAGAAAUAUGUUUUUGUCAGACUGACAAAAUUAUUGGGCAAAGAAACACAACUGAUGAUGCUGAAAAGCCUUAAAUUUCAGUUCUAAAAUUAGCUGUUUAAAAUUUGAUUUUGUUUUUAUAACACAAGCCAAGAAACUGAAUAGGUAAUUAUUUUCUAARGAGGUUUUUGUUUUGUAUUGUUGAACUGUAUGCUGUCAGUGAUACUGCGAGUCUACAUAUAAUAAAUGGAGAUUGAAAAUAC